UAACCUGCUCAGUCAGCUGGAGCCCCCUGCGGACAGCUGGCUCACUCCCGCUCGGGCUCUCGCUCUCAGCUGAGCCGAGUCUGCCAGGGAGCGCCGGCUGGAAGCGGGGGCGCAGCGGCGGCGGCGGCGGAGAGAAGGACAGCGGCCAGGGGCGCACCACGAGCGGCGGCGGCGGCGGCGGCGGCCCCGGCGUCUGCCCCGGCCCCGGCCCGGUCCCUGCCCGGGACUCUAUUGUUCCUGCUGUUUGCUAGGCGUCCUUUCUCCUCUAGCCUUCGGAAGGGAACAAUAGCCCCGAGUGGAGCCGGGCGCCUGGCUUUGGAGGCGGCAGCAUAGGCUCUGCGCGCUCGCUCGGGCGGGCAUAGGCACUCCGCACCCUCCGGACCCUGUUCUGCCCCUGCACCUCCUUUUACUGUUGCUGCUGCCUACGUCAAGGCCUCGGGCUCUGACCCCAAGCCGGACCUGCAGGACUGAGGGAGCCAUGGGGCAUUCGGGAGGGAGGGUGGCCCCCUGCCUCUGCAGGCGAGGAGGAGAGGGGCUUCUGCUCUUCGUUCUUUUCCUCAUCUUCAUCCUCAUCCUCGGGGCCAGUGAGGCUGGGGCGCACACUGGAUCACAGCCUUCGCUCCUUUAUUUGUGGAAGACUGGUCCCUGGGGUCGAUGCAUGGGAGACGAAUGUGGUCCAGGUGGCAUUCAGACCAGAGCAGUGUGGUGUGCUCAUGUGGAAGGUUGGACGACACUGCACACAAACUGCAAGCAGGCUGAGAAGCCAGACACCCAGCAGGAUUGCUUCAAAGUUUGUGACUGGCACAAAGAAUUGUAUGACUGGCACCUGGGCAGCUGGAACCAAUGCCAGCCUGUCAUGUCCAAGAGUCUGGUGAAGCCAGCCGAAUGCACCAAGGGGGAGGAGGGCAUCCAGACCCGAGAGAUUGCCUGUGUCCAGAAAUCCAACAGCAUCAGUGCUGAUGACAGCAUCUGCGAAUACUUUGAGCCCAAACCCCUCUUGGAGCAAGCCUGCCUCAUCCCCUGCCCACAGGACUGCAUCGUGUCUGACUUCUCCCCUUGGUCCGAGUGCUCUAAGACAUGUGGGAGUGGACUGCAGCACCGAACACGGCAUGUAGUGGCCCCCCCACAGUAUGGUGGCUCUGCCUGCCCCAACCUCACCGAGUUCCAGAUUUGCCAGUCCAGUCCAUGUGAGGCAGAAGAGAGCCUAUAUAGCCUGAAUGUGGGGCCCUGGAGUGCCUGCUCAGUGCCUCACACCAGGCAGAUAAGGCAGGCGAGGAAGAGAGGGAAGAACAAAGAGCGAGAGAAAGACCGAGAGAAAGGAGUAAAGGAUCCUGAAGCCCGGGAACUCAUCAAGAACAAGAGGAACCGAAAUCGACAGAACAGACAGGAGAACAAACACUGGGACAUCCAAAUGGGUUCUCAGACUCGGACCGUUGUGUGCAUGCACAAGAACAGCACAAUGGCUUCUUUCAGCCUUUGCCAACAGGACAAGCUGCCCAUCACCUUCCAGUCGUGUGUGCUCACCAAGGAGUGCCAGGUGACUGAAUGGUCUGAGUGGAGCCCGUGCUCCAAGACCUGCUACGAUAUGUCAUCCCCUAAAGGGCACCGUGUCCGAACACGGACCAUCAGACAGUUUCCCAUUGGCAGUGACCGGGACUGCCCUUCCCUGGAGGAGAUUGAGCCUUGCCAGACCCAAGGAGAUGGGGUGGCACCCUGUGCUGCGUAUGGCUGGAGAACUACAGAGUGGACUGAGUGUCGAGUUGACCCGUUACUCAGCCAACAAGACAAAAGACGAGGGAAUCAGACUGCCCUAUGUGGAGGAGGGCUGCAAACACGAGAGGUCUACUGUGUGCAAGCCAAUGAGAACCUCCUCUCUUAUUUGAACACACUCAAGGAAAAAGAAGCUUCCAAGCCAGUAGACUGGAAACUCUGCACAGGGACUGUCCCAAACACCACUCAGCUGUGUCACAUUCCCUGCCCUGUUGAAUGUGCAGUGUCCACGUGGUCGGCCUGGGGACCUUGUACCUUUGAAAACUGUAAUGACCAGCAGGGCAAGAAAGGCUUUAAACUGAGGAAGCGGAGAAUUACUAAUGAGCCUACUGGAGGAUCUGGAGCCACUAGUAACUGUCCACACUUGCUGGAAGCCAUCCCCUGUGAAGAGCCGUCCUGCUAUGACUGGAAGGCAGUGAAGCUUGGGGACUGUGAGCCAGACAACGGAAGGCAAUGCGGUCCUGGGACACAAGUACAAGAGGUGGUCUGCAUCAAUAGUGAUGGAGAAGAGGUUGACAGACAGCUGUGCAGAGAUGCCAUCUAUCCAAUUCCUGUGGCCUGUGAAGUGCCAUGCGCCAAGGACUGUGUGCUCAGCACAUGGUCAGGGUGGUCCUCCUGCUCACAUACUUGUUCUGGAAAAACGACUGAUGGGAAACAGAUGCGUGCCCGCUCCAUUCUGGCCUAUGCAGGGGAGGAAGGGGGCACACCAUGCCCAAACCACAGCGCCCUCCAGGAGACACGCAGCUGCAACGAGCAUCCGUGCACUGUUUACCACUGGCAGACGGGCCCCUGGGGCCCAUGCAUUGAGGACACCUCCGUCUCCUCCUUCAACACAUCGACCACCUGGAAUGGGGAGGCCACGUGCUCCGUCGGCAUGCAGACGAGGAAAGUCAUCUGUGUGAGGGUCAACGUGGGCCAAGUGGGACCUAAAAAAUGCCCUGAGAACCUUCGACCUGAAACAGUGCGGCCGUGUCUGCUUCCCUGCAGAAAGGACUGCAUCGUAACCCCGUACAGUGACUGGACACCAUGCCCGUCCUCCUGUAAAGAAGGGGACACUACAGUGAAGAAGCAAUCCCGGCAUCGGGUUAUCAUUCAGCUGCCUGCAAAUGGAGGCCGAGACUGCCUGGAGAACCUCUAUGAGGAAAGAGAAUGCACAGCUCCCCAGGCUUGCCACAGCUUCAGGUGGAAGACGCACAAGUGGCGCCGGUGCCAGCUGGUGCCCUGGUCGGUGAGGCAGGACAGCCCCGGUGCCCAGGAGAGCUGCGGAGCGGGUCUGCAAGCCAGAGCUAUCACUUGUCGCCAGCAAGAUGGGGGACAGGCUGAUGUCAGUGAGUGCCUUCGGUAUGCAGGCCCCUUACCAGCACUAACCCAAGCCUGCCAGAUCCCAUGCCUGGAUGACUGUCAGUUCACCAACUGGUCCAAGUUUUCUUCGUGUAAUGGAGACUGUGGUGCAGUUAGGACCAGGAAGCGUUCAAUUGUUGGAAAAAGUAAGAAGAAAGACAAGUGCAGAAAUUCCCAGCUCUACCCUCUGAUUGACACCCAUUUCUGCCCUUGUGACAAGUAUAAUGCCCAGGCCGUGGGCAACUGGUCAGACUGUAUCCUACCCGAAGGCAAAGUGGAGUUGCUCUUGGGGAUGAAGGUCCAAGGAGACAUCAAGGAGUGUGGACAAGGCUACCGGUACCAGGCCAUGGCCUGUUAUGACCAAAAUGGCCGGCUCGUGGAGACAUCCCGCUGCAACAGCCACGGUUACAUUGAGGAAGCCUGCAUCAUUCCCUGUCCCUCUGACUGCAAGCUCAGUGAAUGGUCCAACUGGUCUCGUUGCAGCAAGUCCUGCGGCAGCGGAGUCAAGGUCCGCUCUAAAUGGCUUAGAGAAAAGCCGUACAAUGGUGGACGUCCCUGCCCUAAGCUGGACCAUGUUAACCAGGCUCAGGUGUAUGAGGUUGUCCCGUGUCACAGUGACUGCAGCCAGUACAUCUGGGUCAGUGAGCCCUGGAGUGUCUGAAGGUCGACUGUGGUGGACAUGAAGGAGAACUGUGGAGAAGGGGCGCAGACCCGGAAAGUGAGAUGCAUGCAGAACACAGCCGAUGGCCCCUUCGAGCCUGUGGAGGACUAUCUCUGUGACCCCGAGGAAAUGCCACUGGGUUCUCGCGAGUGCAAGUUACCAUGCCCGGAGGACUGCGUUACAUCGGAGUGGGGCCCUUGGAGUAGGUGCUCACUGCCCUGCAAUCAAAGCACAUUCCGGGAAAGGUUGGCAGAUCCACUCAGACAGGCAGAUGAGGGGAAACCCUGCCCUGACACCAUCGAGAAGGAGCCAUGCAUCCUAAAUAGGAACUGCUUCCACUAUGACUACAAUGUGACAGACUGGAGCACCUGCCAGCUGAGUGAGAAGGCGGUUUGUGGGAAUGGCAUCAAAACGCGGAUGCUGGAUUGUGUUCGCAGUGAUGGCAAGUCAGUCGACCUGAAGUACUGUGAAGAGCUCAGUCUGGAGAAAACCUGGCAAAUGAACAUGUCCUGUGUGGUGGAAUGUCCUGUCAACUGUCAGCUUUCUGAAUGGUCACCUUGGUCAGAGUGCACUCAUACGUGUGGCCUGACAGGAAAAAUGAUCCGAAGGCGAACAGUAAUUCAACCCUUCCAGGGAGAUGGCAGACCUUGUCCAGCACUGAUAGAACAAUUCAAGCCUUGCCCAGUGAAGCCCUGUUAUCGAUGGCAAUAUGGCCAGUGGUCAAAUUGCAGAGUGAAGGAUGCUCACUGUGGAGAAGGAACAAAAACCAGAAAUGUGUCUUGUGUGGUGAGCGAUGGAUCAGCAGAGGAUCUCGGCAAGGCUGUGGAUGAGGAAUUUUGUGCAGAAAUAGACCCCGUUGUGGAUGGAAAUAAGAAGAUGGUGCUUGAGGAAACCUGCACACAGCCUUGCCCAGGUGACUGUUACUUGAAAGAAUGGUCAGCUUGGAGCCUGUGCCAGUUAACGUGUGUUAAUGGAGAAGAUCUUGGCUUUGGAGGGAUCCAGGUCCGAUCUCGAGCCGUGAUCAUCCAAGAACUAGAUAAUCAACAUCUUUGUCCAGAACAAAUGUUGGAAACCAAAGCCUGUGAUGAUGGUCAAUGCUAUGAAUACAAGUGGAUGGUCAGUGCAUGGAAGGGAUCUUCUCGGACAGUCUGGUGUCAAAGAUCGGAUGGCCUAAAUGUGACAGGGGGCUGCCUGGUGAUGCGCCAGCCUGAUGCUGACAGGUCAUGUAACCCACCCUGCAGUCAACCCCAUUCCUACUGUAGUGAGACUCGAACUUGUGGUUGUGAAGAAGGCUACACAGAAGUGAUGUCCUCUGAUGGGACACUGGAGCAAUGCACCCUCAUUCCUGUGGUGGUCAUCCCCACCAUCGAGGACAAAAAUGGAGAUGUGAAAACGAGCCGAGCCGUGCACCCCACACAGCCCUCUGGUAACCCAUCAGGACGGGGACGGACCUGGUUUCUGCAACCAUUUGGGCCAGGCGGGCGACUGAAGACCUGGGUGUACGGCGUGGCAGCUGGGGCUUUUGUCUUACUCAUCUUUGUUGUGUCUAUGGUCUAUCUAGCCUGUAAAAAGCCAAAGAAACCCCAGAGAAGGCAGAACAACCGUCUGAAACCUUUGACCUUGGCUUAUGAUGGCGAUGCAGAUAUGUGAGGUUUCGUUGCGAUUGGCAAUGACCAGCUUCUGCCUCCUGCCUUUAAAAUAGGUGUCCAGAGGUCCUGAGAGUGCUCACCUUGUGUGGCCAAACAUGCAUUUUGACCUAGAGCAGAAGAGUGGACUUCCCCAUGCCGAGGGGGAUGCUCCCAUGCUAGUGCUUCCAACCAAACUGUCAGCAUGGAUAAUUCUGGCAGAUGGACUUAUUGAAGAAAGCUGAUUCUGAGCAAUUUCUGUCAUCUUUUCUGCAAGAGCUGCCACCCGGGUCCUGUUGUCAGGAUAGCACCUGAUGCCAAGCUUGACCUUCAAUGUUAACCAACCCAUUGUAACCUGUUAGCAUGAAGAGUUUCUACCAAGCACUCUCCCACAUGCUAUAUUUGAGCAUAAUAACCUGUAUAGCAACUCUGUUGAAUCAUACUAUUACUGUCAGAUUAUAUCCUUUCGAAUAAGCCACUUAAUGCUGGCAAAGUGCAAACUCUAAAGAGAGUGGAACGACCUACUGAGAAAGCCAAACAACUUGGCAGCUGGGAGCAGCCUUUGUUAGCCCUCAUUCCAGGAAGCAAAGACUCAAUUUGAAGACUUCAAUCUUGUUCUCCCAUGUGUGUGCCAGCCGGCCAUGCACAUGCAGGUAUCUGGAAGGACGGCGUCUUCAAAGUUAGGGGUUUUUUGAGUGGCUCAUUUCUGGAAAAUGGAUUCCCUUCAGUUGACACAAUAGGUUUCUACUUUUGCCAACUCCUCAACUUACUGCCUGCAUCUUCUCUCUCAAUCUCUCAAUCUCUCUCUCUCUCUCUCUCUCUCUCUCUCUCUCUCUCUCUCUCUCUCUCUCUCUCUCUCUCUCUCUGGAAGGCACAUUUUUGCACUAUAUUAGUGCAGCAUGAUAUGCACUGGAUGAGGCUCUGUAAAAACGGCCUCCUUUCCUAAGGGAUGAUGGUGCCGGGAGCUAGGAGCACCAUAGAGACAUUAGCCAGGGAGCUAAUGCACCCUGAAGAGAGUCGACCUCCUUCAGGGCAGCCACAAAGUAGAGCAAGCACACCUUACUCCAGUCCUCAGAGAACGGCCUCAUCCCGGUGACCACCGAAUAAUGAAGAACAUGGGGAUUUCGAUGUCGAGUUUCCCCAGCUCACCUAUGAAGAUGGAGUUCCCUUUGGCUGGUUUCUAAUUAAUUGUAUGUUGAAGGCUCUUUAAGACUAGAUUUUUUAUAUUGUUAUCUUUGUUUAAAAAAAAAGAAAAAGAAAAGAAAAAGUGGCAGCCCUUUUCAUUUGGAGUAAGCCGUGAAUCUGAAGGAACAUUUCAUCAUUUUCUGAACUAAAAGAAUUUUGAAUUACUUGGUGAUUUUCAUUCUUCAGUUUCUCUUCUCCAAUAUUUGGCUGCUGGAGGUCCCCACGUCUCACCUUUCAUCUUCUCCACUGGUCCCAUUCAAGGGAUGCUUUCAUCCUAGUGACUCAGAUAACACUCACACAAAAGCAGAUGUUGCAUCUUCACUCUGUUCAGGACCUCGGUAAUUAGCCCCAUGAGUGGGCUUUUCUUGGCUGACCUCCCUGAGUGCACGAUCAUGUUCCUUUUAUUCUCGCCCCUACCCUACCACCCUCUUCUACAAUGUGCUCCGUCAGUGUUUGCCUUCCUAAGCAACAAGUCAUUAUUCCCCCAUCCAUCAUCACACUCUCCCCACAGGAUUCACAAGUGACUGGGUAAUACACAAAUGCAGAGCUUGGUAGGACUGACCAUCUCUAGGCUGGGGGGAGGUGGGCAGUGCCCGAGAGGGGCACUAAUGAAACAAGACCACUAAAAACAUGGAUCAGGCAACUUCAGCUGAACAUUCAGGUCUUUAUGAACAACAAGCCAACCAUUCCAUCCUGAAGAAAACCAACCAUCCACGUUUCAGAGUGGCAUUGUCCUUUCUUCCUAGAAUCUAGCUCCCCCUAGUGUACAUUUAGAGUACUUGACAAAGACUGAGGAUAAGCUUUGAUGCCCCACAAGGUACAUCUUCCCCUGUGCUCCCCGGUAAAGUAUCUUUAUUUAUGUCAGCAAAGGUCAUCAAUAGAACAUGUUAAAUACCGAUUUUAUUUUCUGUCAGCCAUUAUAUGGCUGAUUUUUCAGGGCAGAUGGAUUUCAUUUCUUUGAAGAGAGAAAAAAGAUAAAAACAGAAAUCCACUUACCAGCUUUAUUUAUCAGAAAGGCAAGUAAAAAUAACUAAAUAAAGUGCUGUUGUUACCCCAGGGCUGUUAUCAUGAAAGUGUACUCUCAGGAAACUUCUAGAAUGAUCUUCAGAUUUGACCCUGGCAGUACAAAAAACAAACAAAAGAAAAAAAUUCAUUUAUCCAGACUACACCAAGGGCAAUAUGAGUUCUGGUUAAAUGAACACUCUAAUAACAAUAAUAAUAACACUAACUGUCAUUUAUAUAGCACCUUCAAAGUCUGCAGGGCACUCAACUCAUUUGAGCCUCACAACAAUCCUGCGAAGUAAGCACUGUCAUUAUCUCCAUUUUACUGAUAAGAAAACUGAGGCUCCAGGAGGAAAAGGCACUUGCCCAGGGUCACACAGCUAGUAAGACUCUGAGGCAGAACUGGAUCCCAGGUCUUCUAGUCUACAAGUCCAAUACUAUCUAUUAUGCCAUAACUCCUCUGACUCUCUGCCUGGCAGAUUACUGUGGGUGAUUGAUUAGUAUCUAUGAAGGGGGCUUGGGAAGUUAGGUUAUGUGAUUUGGAUCUGAACAUGCCACUCUUACCACUUCCUGUUGCAAAAAAUUGGCAGUUUUUGUUCACAAAUUUAUUUAAUUUAUUUAAUAAUUUCUGCUCGCAUGUUUAUAAAUAUUGGUCCAGAUAUAAGCUUUAUUUUUUCCCAAAACUCUGGCUUUGAUAAAACUGGAUAUGGCUUAUAAAUUUUUAUAUAUUUUUAUAUUUUUAAAUGUCUGUCUAUAGCUUUUUUUCUCCUUUGAAAAAAUCAUCACUGCAGAGGUGUGCCCUCUCUUUGGACCAAUAGCAUAUGUAUGCAGGACCACUAACAGAAACAUCACUGGCACCGAGGUUGCCUAGAUGAUCCAUGAGCCUUCUUUGGUAACUCAGAAGGCUUUUAAAAUGAUACAGAGCCUUAGGGAGAUCCCACCACCAAACUGUGUUGAGAAUCUGAUGACAUUAUAAACCUGAAUACACCAUAGAAAGUCUAAGAUGCCAUUAAAAAUACACAGUACUUGUGUGAAGAAAGGUGAAUUCCCCUUGUCUGUGGCUGGGGUUGAGCGUGAGUUUGGGCUGAUGAUCCUGGGAAGAGUUUCUGGUUUUUACAAUGUAACUCUAACCUUAACUCUUGUUGACACCUGGGAACUGCCAUUUGGCUAUUUCUUAGCAGAGUGGGACGAGCCAGAGUUUGGCUUGGCUGGAUCCUGGAUAAGUGGACGUUUACUAGAUUCUUAUUUAGAUCCUUGCUCUGUUUGGGACCCGAAUUCAUUCGUUAAGCACUCCACUGAUGUUUCAUCUGAAACCGCCUCCUGGUUCCCCCCUUUAGUGAUUUAGGAGAAGGAGGAAAGGAGGAAUGGGAAGGGGAACCCUGCUGGAGGGCCCCCAGGACCUUGACAGACAGCCACUGGACAGAUACAGGAAGGAGAUUUUUGUAUUAUUUAAAAACUAAACCUUGGCAGAACAUUCUAUGGACUUGUUGAAUGGUUUCAAUACAAGCUCUCUAGAAGGAGGGGCAAAGUGGUACUAGGGGAUCCAUUAAUUUGUUCAUCAAUAACUCAUCUGGGGUGAUGGUUGGCAGUUUAGAAGAGCCAGGCUCCUCCCCCAACAUUCUAAGGCCCCUGAGGCCAAUUCAACAUGGGUUUCAUUCCAUAAGUGAAACAUCAGUAUUUUGCCUUUGCCUCCUGAGAUGUAGAAGUCAUUGGGACUUUAGGUUCACAUCAAUGUUGACCAUUAAAAUGGGAACUUUUCCCCAGAACCCCAAUACUGUUCAUUUUUCAAUGCUACAUGUGUUGUGGAAGUACGGGAGUAAGAUCACCAUGCUCCAUUUUGUCCCUCAUCCCUUGGGCAGAGGGGUCUCUUUGAGAUAACUUGGGAUCAGUUUCUCUAGGUCCCAACAGGGGAGACUAGGCAAGAACCAAGAUCCAGGGGUUCCAUUUUGGCCAUUCUUCCCUCUGUCCUUAGUUCUUUUACAACUCUGCCCUUUUCUCCCCCUACUUCCUUCUCUCCCACUUCUAGGCCACCUAAAUCACCACCCAGUUGGAUCAGGCCAUGGUUCUGAGAUAACCCGCAUGCCCAUUUUCCAAUUUGUACCUUGCACCUUUCACCAGAACAAACAGAACCUGGGUUCUAGUCCCGCCUCUACUGCUGACUACCCAAAUGACUUUGGUCAAGUCAUUUUUUUCCUGAGACUCAGUUUCUUCUUCUGUAAAUUAGAGCAUUGGACUGAAUGGCCUGUGCAUUUCCUUCUAGCUCAGUAUCUGCAGAUCUGUAUACAUUUUCCCAAUGAGCUUCAAACAAGGAUGGCAAGAAAGAGAAUGUGACCAAGGUGGAGGAUCGGAGGGAAGGGAAAAGACAGACAGAUGGAAAGAGGGAGGGUAGGGAGAGAGAAUUGGUGUGUCAUGUCAGAAUGACUGUAUCCAUGCUUCUAUCCUAUCUUGGUCAUAAUUUCUUCCAUCAUCACUCUCUACCAUGUUAUCAAAGAUAACUCAAUUACCACAAGAGGUACCAUGCACUAUACAACCAGGAGUACAGGCACCUGAAUUCCUCUGGAAAGGACAAUGAGCCCAAGGUGGUUAGGAGAGAGUCUGGCCUCUAGAAUGUCUCAGUCAUGUGUCAUCUAGUUCUCUCUCCAGGGAAGCUGCACAUGAACAUAGCAACACCCUGUGAAGUCAGAGGAUGCAUCACGGCCCACCCCAUAGGAGACCACGCUAGAAAUGCACAGCUGCGCCUUGGGUGCCUGCCCUUCUCUAGGUCCUGAGCCCAAGAUGGUUGAUCCUCAAGAGAGGGGGGCUGGGGAUGCCGGCCACCAACAAACAAACCCCUCUCAGAAAAUGACUCAUCUGCCUUUUCCACAGUGUAUGUUGUCACUCCUUUCCAAAACCUGUUUCUCAGCCUCCUUUUCUGCUGAGCCUGCAGUCACUGCUUUAUUAAAAUACUGUAACUAAGAAAUCAUGUGACCCUUAUCUCCCCCUUCUGUGACCCCCUCUGUUAUCGGAAGUGACCCACUGGAUCUGUGUCAAUUCCCAUGUAAAAUAGGCCUUGAUCCAAAAAAAAGAAAAAAGCUGAAAUCUCUGUAAAUCGUAAUCCCGAAGACCUCAUGUUGCCUAAUUAAAUUUACUUGAAUAUUUAUUUUGUAGAUGGAGGCAGCUGUCUAAGACUUCCUGUCAACGUUGAUUUGUAAAUUGUGUGAUCUCAUUCUCUUUUUUUAUAUUGUGUCUAUUUCUUUUUUAAUGCACAAAACAUUUCUGUCCCGUGGCUGCGGAUUGAUCAGCGUGUCUUGUCACUAAGCUUUAUUCAGGUAUACAGAAGGCAUGUGAAGAUGUAAGAGGCAUUUUUACAUUUUCAUAUGGGUAAUUUGUAAAUAACUGUAUUUGUUGACAAAUAGAAACACGAAAACCA